CAGCCGCACUACGCGCCCCUCAUCCCACUGUUGAGCUAGAAUUGAAUGUCACAAUGAGCUUCAGCUAUGGCGUGGGGUAUUUUCUUGUCAUUGUGAAGCUGGUGGAUACAGUGCGGAAGCAACCUACAGAUGCGCCAGGCCAGUAUAAAGUCAUUUCGGACGAUGUCAAGCGAUUGUCAUAUAUGCUACGUGAUAUUGAAGAUCAAGAUCUCGGUGAUAAUCUAAAGGAUCAGCAGAAGCAAGCUCUAAACGAUAUCUUGAAAGGCCACCGCGAUCUGCUAGGUGGGCUGAACCGCACUCUCGUCAAAUAUCAUGACAUAGGUCCGACUGGGAAGGAUGUUAAUGUUAAUGGCGUCAGGAGAGGAAACAAAAGACCUAGCAGUCAUCACUCAGCAGGGAGUCAACCAGCUUGUUCAACACCAAGACGAAAAGAGGCGGCAAGAUAUCCUCAAAUGGCUUUCUCCAAUAAACCAUGCGGACAAGCAAGCUGACUUGUUCGGUCGAGUGCAAGAAGGCACCGAGACCUGGCUCUUGGAGACCAAGAAAUUCAAGAACUGGAUAACUCAAGAUCACGGCACGCCGACCAACGCACGCUAUUUUGUCCUGGACUACUGGUAGAUACAGGCAAGACCAUCUUCAUGUCAGUUGUGAUCAAUGAGGUCCAAGAGAAUUUGCAAUAAGCUGGGGUUAAUGUGGUUUUU